AAUACGAGCCCUUGGGCGAGCAGCUUCCGCAAAAAACACAGCUCGAAGCACCGAACUAGCUAGUCACCGCUCACAACACCAGUAAGCCAAGCCACGUUACGAUGGCGUCCUUCGCCGGAGCUGCCCGUUUGAUGGCGCUCCUCCAGAUCGCGCUGUUCGUCGUCUCCGCGGUGAUCAUGAGCAGCUCCGUCUGCCAUGCAGUCGGCGGCAUCCGCGUUCGUCCUCUGGACCCUAACCAUCCCGUGUGCCACGGACAGUGCGCACCCGGCGGUGGACCCUACCGUCCGCAGCCAUACCCCCACCGUCCGCGGGGCACCUCCGCCGUACAAUGGAGGGAUCGGACGACCAUGAUGCAUGCCCUCCGCUGUACAAUGGAGGGAUCGGACGACCAUGAUGCAUGCCUUCCUCCAGCAUAGCAGUACAAGCUGCUGCAACAACCUUAUACUAAGCCUAAGUGUAGUAAUAUCCGAUCAUACGAAUAACUUCCGUCUUGUACUCCGAAAAACACAGCAAGUCUGGCCCCCAUGUUAAUGGGUAUGUGAACCUGAAAGUUCGGUUCAGAACUACUCCUAGUAAUAAAGAUGGAUAGUGUAAGUGCAA